CUUGUGUAUACAAUUGUCCGACAUAACGCGAAGAAAAAGUUCAAUGUGAAUAAACCAUAAGUUUCCAUGUACGAAUGAGGUAUAUUCUUCCUCAUUCCAAGCUGUUUGUACUGAAACGCGCUUAUCUUCUUCGCGAGCUUUUGACAGUUCACGCUUGUUCGCAAUUGAUUUGAGUACAUAGUAUAUACAUAUGUACAUAUGCAUACAUAAACAUAUUGAAGAUCCUCUGGCAAAGUCAAAUAAAUAUAUCAUAUUCAAGCACUAGUUUAAUCGGAAAUAUUGUACUAAAAUGAUAUUUUUAGAGUUACUGUUCAUACUUCUAAUUGGUUACUACUUUAUUUAUCUCAUUCUUUGGUUAAUUUUGGAUUGCAAUGUCGAACUUUGGUACAAUACAUAUUUUGGUUUACCCAUUUCUUCAAUGCGUGGUCAAGUUGUAUGGGUGACGGGAGCAUCAUCUGGUAUUGGCAGAGCACUGGCCCUUACAUUAGCUAAAUAUGGAGUGCGGUUAGUAAUUUCUGCCAGACGAGAAAACUUGUUGGAAUUGCUAAAGAAAGAUUGUCUGGAACAAGCGAAUGGUUUAUUAUCUGAAGAUGACAUACUUGUAAUGCAGAUGGAUGUUUUAAACAUUUCGCAGCAUGAAGCCUUCUUUGAUAGAGUGAUAAAAUAUUUCGGCCGAUUGGAUGUUUUAGUCAAUAAUGCUGGGCGCUCACAACGAGCAAGUUGGGAAGAAAUAAAAGUUCAAGUUGAUAGAGACCUCUUCGAAUUAGAUGUAUUUUCCGUAGUUAAUCUUUCCCGAAUUGCAGUGCGCUACUUUCUACAGUUGCGUAAUGUUCGAGGUCAUAUUGUAACAACAUCAAGCAUUGCUGGCUUGUGUCCAGUGCCUUUCUCAGCCACAUAUUGCGCAGCCAAAUCUGCUAUUAAUGCAUACCUGAACGCUCUUCGACUUGAAAAAAGUGGUAUUGAUGUCAGCAUAUUUUGUCCUGGUCCCAUCGCUACAGAUUUUCUCCAGGAAGCAUUCACCGCGGUCCCAGAAGAGAUGUAUGGAAAAAGCACAAACGGCCAAAAACGAAUGUCAGCUGAGAGAUGCGCCACAUUGUUUGCUACUACGAUUGCAAAUAAAUUAGAGCUGUCGUGGUGUGGAUUGUUUCCAGUAAAUUUUUUGACACAUGCAACUCGUUAUCCAGGACUAGCAAAAAUAAUUUUCAAACUCAUGGGUAAAAGCACAAUGAACAAAAUACGUGAAGGCAAAUUGUAAUUUUAUGUUUGUUAAAAGAUUUUAAGGUGGUAAAGCAAUGUUAAAUUUAGAUAGCUAAUUUUUUUUAAAUUUAAUUUUAAUAUGAAGAAAAACUUAAUCGUAAAACUGAAAAUUAUAUUUUUUACAAUGUACAUACAAGUUUAAUCGAAUAUUAAUAAUCACACAAAGUAAAGGUAA